CUGCGGCCCCGCUACCCCACGGAGAGCGAGGACGUGAAGAUCGGGGUGCUGUUCGCCUCCAAGGCCAUCCUGCAGCUUCUGGUGAACCCCUUGAGCGGGACCUUCAUCGACCGCAUGAGCUACGACGUGCCGCUGCUCAUCGGCCUGGGCGUCAUGUUCGCCUCCACCGUGCUGUUCGCCUUCGCCGAGGACUACGCCACGCUCUUCGCCGCGCGCAGCCUGCAGGGCCUGGGCUCGGCCUUCGCGGACACGUCCGGCAUCGCCAUGGUGGCCGACAAAUACCCCGACGAGCCCGAGCGCAGCCGCGCGCUGGGCGUGGCGCUGGCCUUCAUCAGCUUCGGAAGCCUCGUGGCGCCGCCCUUCGGGGGCAUCCUCUACGAAUUCGCGGGCAAGCGCGUGCCCUUCCUGGUGCUCGCCGCCGUGUCGCUGUUUGACGCGGUUCUGCUGCUGGCGGUGGCCAAGCCCUUCUCGGCCGCGGCGCGGGCGCGGGCCAACCUCCCGGUGGGCACACCCAUCCACCACCUCAUCCUGGACCCCUACAUCGCCGUGGCGGCCGGCGCGCUCACCGCCUGCAACAUCCCCCUCGCUUUCCUCGAGCCCACCAUCGCCACGUGGAUGAAGCACACGAUGGCGGCGUCCGAGUGGGAGAUGGGCAUGGUCUGGCUGCCGGCCUUUGUGCCUCACGUGCUCGGCGUCUACCUCACCGUGCGCCUCGCGGCGCGCUACCCACACCUGCAGUGGCUCUACGGCGCGCUCGGGCUGGCAGUGGUGGGUGCCAGCUCGUGCGUGGUGCCCGCCUGUCGCUCCUUCGCGCCCCUGGUGGUCUCGCUCUGCGGCCUCUGCUUCGGCAUCGCGCUGGUGGACACGGCUUUGCUGCCCACGCUCGCCUUCCUCGUGGACGUGCGCCACGUUUCGGUCUACGGAAGCGUCUACGCCAUCGCCGACAUCUCCUAUUGCGUGGCCUACGCGCUCGGGCCCAUAGUGGCGGGCCACAUCGUGCAUUCGCUCGGCUUUGGGAAGCUCAGCCUUGGCAUGGGUCUGGUCAAUCUGCUCUACGCACCUGUUCUGCUGUUGCUGCGCAAUGUGGGCCUCCUGACGCGGUCGCGCUCGGAGCGCGAAGUGCUGCUGGAGGAGCCGCCGCAGGGUCUGUACGACGCCAUGCGCCUGCGGGAGUGCCCCGUGUCCGACCCGGACCGCGCACCUCACAGCCCGCCCGGCCCGUUUGACGAGCGCCAGGACGACUACAACGACUACUACACCCGCAGCUAG